GACACUACCAUCUGUCGCACCUGGGCUUAUUCUUUGUCCCUAUCGAAUUGCAUAUUCUCUCCCGUACCACAUCCUUUGGAAGCCAGAUAUUGGCAAAUAUGUCGGACAAAAUCCCCCUCAUCGCUGUCAACAGAGUCAGCGAAAAAGCAAAGAAGACCCUGGACUUGGUCAAGAAGUUUGUUGAUGAACAAUGCAUCCCAGCUGAUCCUAUAUACGAAGCACAAAUCGGAGAAGGUGCGCAACGAUGGGAUCAUUACCCCUCGGUCAUAGAUGACCUGAAGAAGGAGGCGAAGAGGCUUGGAUUAUGGAAUAUGUUCCUUCCAAAGGGUCACUACAAAGAAUCAGCCGGCUUCACGAAUCUCGAAUACGGCUUGAUGGCCGAACAUUUAGGAAAAUCUCGUGUAGCGCCUGAGGCUGUCAACUGUGCCGCACCAGAUACCGGAAACAUGGAAGUCUUUGCGAAGUACGGAACUGAGGAACAGAAGAGGAAGUGGUUGGACCCAUUGAUGAAUGGAGAGAUUCGAUCGGCCUUCUUGAUGACGGAACCGGAUGUCGCUUCUUCAGACGCAACUAAUAUUAAGAUGAGCAUGAAGAGGGAAGGCGAUGAGUGGGUUUUGAAUGGCCAAAAAUGGUGGUCGAGCGGUGCUGGUGACCCAAGGUGUAAGAUCUAUAUCGUUAUGGCCAAGAGCGAUCCUGGAAACAAAGAUGUCUACAAACAACAAUCAGUUGUUUUGGUGCCAGCCGACACACCAGGUAUCACUAUUGAACGAAUGUUGUCCGUCUACGGUUAUGACGAUGCUCCUCAUGGACAUGGCCAUGUGACAUUCAAGAAUGUUCGAGUACCGGCAAGCAACAUAGUACUGGGCCCUGGCCGGGGAUUUGAAAUUAUUCAGGGACGUCUUGGGCCGGGCCGUAUCCAUCAUGCCAUGCGUGCCAUUGGUGCUGCCGAAAGAGCCCUUGAGUGGAUGCUCAUGCGCAUCAACGAUCCCAAGAAAACGCCAUUUGGCAAGCAACUAAAAGAGCACGGAGUCAUCCUUGAGUGGGUUGCCAAGUCGCGUAUCGAAAUCGAUGCAGCUCGUCUGAUCGUUCUCAACGCCGCUAUCAAGAUUGAUGAUCUCGGAGCAAAGCGUGCAUUGAAGGAGAUUGCUGAAGCCAAGGUUCUCGUACCACAGAUGGCUCUCACAGUCAUCGAUCGGGCGGUUCAGUCCUUUGGCGCUGCCGGUAUCUGUCAAGAUACCCCUCUUGCAAGCAUGUGGGCAAAUAUCCGAACACUCAGAUUAGCCGAUGGACCUGAUGAGGUUCACUUGCAGCAAAUGGGACGAAAUGAGAACAAGAGGGGUGCAGAGGUGACUGCGCUCAUUCAGCAGCAACAGAAGACUUCAGAACAGUUAUUUGCGAAAUACGGUGUGACACGCCAUCAACCGGGUUCUACGAUUCGGUCGCGUUUAUAA